CCGUCCAAAAACAAGAAUUACUCAUUUGCGCCGCCUGACCUGCCAGUCCAGGUAACCUCUGGUCACGGCGAGUGCGAGUGCGAAUCCCGGUCAUCGCAGCUCGCGCAACCAUGGCUCCACGCGCCGAGGGCAGCCAUCUGAAGAGAGGCCGGGCCUCUGGCUCGCCGGCCGACGAACAAGAAUCCUUCAAGAAGCCGCGCCGCUCUGAGCGGCUGUCGCAGCGCGCCGAGAAGGAUGUGCUGAAGACCCCCGUGGUGAACCGUCACCACCUUCCCUCGCCGCUGACCCACCUCGCCAGCGAGAGCACCACCGAGUUCGACAAGGAGGCCACGGCCACGCCGCCGCAGGACCGCCCCAGCCAGGUUGCCCGCCGACGGGGCGACGACAACCACUCGCAGGGCCUCGCCUUCAGCUCUCCGCCCCAAGACACGCAAGCGUUCAGCCAACAGGACGUAGACCCAAACGCCCCGCUGGUCGAAGGCGUCGACGAGGUCAAGGAAGGCGUGUGGGGCUAUCUGCUGCCGCUGGACACGCGCUACGUUAAAGCCCCCGUGGUGUUGAGGAAAAGGGGCACCUGCCCGCCUCAUGCAGAUUCCGCGGAGACCAGCACGGCAUCUGCUGCGAGGAAAACCGCCGGAAGGGGCCGGAAACCAGCCAAGGACCAGUGCCAAAAGGACGGCCGAGCUUCCGGAGGGUACAUCAUCGGGCGGCAUAUCGAAUGCGACAUCAGGGUGGACGAUCUGCAAGUGUCGAACCGCCACUGUCUCAUUUUCACCGAGAACAAGGGCGACGACGUCGUGGCUGUGGUCGAGGAUCUAUCGACCAACGGGACAUUUGUCAACUCGGCAUAUCUGAAACGGAAUGAACGGCGAGAGCUGCAGGAGGGCGACGAGGUCGCCGUCACGCAGUCCAGCCCGGGCUUCAUAUUCAGGUACCCCAGGUAUCGCCACGGGAAGAGCUUCGCGCAACAGUACAAGAUGAUGCAGCGCCUGGGAAGCGGCCACUUUGCGCAGGUGUUUAUGUGCGCGGAAAAGUCGACUGGCACCUGCUAUGCCGUCAAGAGGUUCACCAAGGACCCGGACGUCGACGAGCGGUCCAAGUACGAGGGCCUGCACCAGGAGGUCGCCAUGCUCAUGGGCAUCAGCCACCCGAACAUUCUGUGUCUCAAGGAGACCUUCAACGAGCCCGAGGCCGUGUACGUGGUGCUGGAGCUGGCGCCGAACGGCGAGCUCUUCAACUACAUUGUCCAACACCAGAAGUUGUCUGAGGAUCAGACCCGCAAGGUGUUCGCCCAGCUCUUCGACGGGAUCAAGUAUCUGCAUGACCGAAACAUGGUGCACCGGGAUCUCAAGCCCGAGAACAUCCUUCUCAUGGACGAGGACCUGACCGUCAAGAUCGGCGAUUUCGGCCUUGCCAAGAUCGUUGGGGAAGCCUCGUUUACAACGACGCUCUGCGGCACGCCAAGCUACGUGGCACCCGAGAUCCUGGCGGAUAACAGGGCUCGCAAGUAUACCAAGGCCGUCGAUAUCUGGUCCCUCGGCGUGGUCCUCUACAUCUGCCUUUGCGGCUUUCCUCCCUUCUCGGACGAACUGAAGACGCCCAACUUCCCCUAUAGCUUAGCGGACCAGAUCCGCCAGGGGCUUUACGAGUAUCCGUCCCCGUACUGGGAUUCGGUCGGCGACCCAGCGCUCGAUCUCAUCGACAGGAUGCUCGUCGUCAAGCCCGAGGAGCGCUUCACGGUCGACCAGUGCCUCGCGCACCCGUGGAUGACGCAGAGCCCGCCGGGCCUGAACGACAGCACGAACGGCCUCGUCUCGGGCAUCGCCGGGCUCGAGAUGAGCCGGCGCGGCAUGGCGCGGGAGCGCACGCUGCUCAGCUCCAUCAACACGGUCCACGUCACCGACCGCGUCCCCGCCGGCGCGGGCAAGCCCGACGUGAAGGUGUACUCGAAGAACCCCAAUCACCGCCACCAAAAGGCUGCUGCCGCGCAGCCGAAGAGGGAAAUGCGGCCGGAUGAAAACCGCGAUCCGGCCGAGUUCAUGGUCAUGGGCGGCAAGGGCGACCAACAACUGUUUGACGAGACCGAGGACGGGAGUCGGUAUCCGACAGAGGACAUUGCGGCGAAGGGGAAGGGCAAAGCGAAGGGAAAAGGGGGUCGUUAAAAGGGGAUCGGGGGGUGUGUGUGUGGAGUUUUGAGGCUUGAGAUUGAGAGAGGGUCUAUUGCAAGCAAGGGUCUAAUGUAGGCGUGAUAUAUGUUUGGUUAUAGGUAUGGAGGGUUGUAUGCACCGGGAGUGGCCGUCGCUGGCAUCCGGCCACCCACAACGCUCCUCGCUGGUUU